AUGCCACCCAAGGUCACCGAAAAAGCAGACAAAAUGUUCAGUGCCGACGUCGUUGCCGCCGUCCUCUACAGCACCGGCACGACCAGCCUAUCGAUGAAGAACUAUGAAAUGAUGAGUUCGCUCGACGGCAAAAAAUCCGCCUACGGCUUCCAACACGACUUCCGCUCCGUCAUCGCCAAAGCCAAGGAACUCAAGGCACGUGUUGAAGGCGGCGAGGAGUUUGUCCCCGUAGCAUCUUCCGCCAAACGCGGUCCGACGACGCCCGUGAGUACGCCGAGAAAGCGCAACAACGCAGAUGUUUCGGAUGCGGAUAAGACGCCGUCGAAGAAGCGGGUGACGCGGGUCAAGGAGGAGGGUACGCUGCAGAGUCGGGAUGAGCGGGGGGAAGGUGCGGUUAAGGGGUUCAAGAAUUGCGUUCCUGAGGAUAUUGAGACGUUUAUCAAGGGCGAGGCGGCUUGGGAGGAGAAGUAUGCUUAG